AUGCCUCAAAGGAAUUAUAGAAAGCGCCGUGAAACAGAGGAAGAGGGCGAUGAACAGCACGAGCCAGCCUCAGUAACCGAAGCGAUCGAGGAAAGAAAAGAACUGCAAGGAUUUCGGAAGAAACGAGGCGGUGUAUCGGCGGCUGCGCUUGCUUUAGGAAAAAAACUUGCCCCAGAAGAAGAGGUAGAGAGUGAUCCUUUUAAACUGAAGACAGGAGGACUUGUGGAGUUGAAUAGCUUGAUUCAGGAUAGAAAUAGGGACAGAGAAGGGGAAGACAAAGAAAAGUCUAUCAACUUAGGAGCCAAUUUUGCGGCCGAGACGAACAGGAGAGAUGAAGAUACGCAUAUGUUAAAAUACAUUGAAGAAGAAAUGGCCAAACGAAAAGGCGUUCAACUCGAGAAGACUGUUCAGAGCAAGUAAGUGUUUUUUAAAACGCUGGUAUUAGAUAGAACACAUUGCUUGUACAUUUUGUUUGAACGUUGUCACUAAAGCAGCCAUUUGAAAGAGUAUAAAACGAAUGGUGGGUUUUAAACUCUUUUAGAGAUUUAAUGGUGGUUUCAGUAUCAAAGGUAUCAAUAGGGAGCUUAUGCAACCACACUGGUGUCAGCAAUAGACAAUAUUUGUAUUCCCCGACAGCCGUGGGACGAGAGACUUCUCAGCAUGAUUACCCGUCCCAAGACCGUCGGGGAAUACGAAUAUUGUCUAUUAAAGAUGUCAACAAAAAAAAAAAUGAAUUCACACUAUUUCAGACUUCAUUGUUAUUAUUCCAUCUUGUCUAGUUUGUCAAUUGUACCGGGUACAGUAGUUAAUAGAUAAACUGAUGAUCGAUAAGAGUCGUCAGUUAUUGAGAUCAUUCUUCAAUGGAUUGAGUGGACAUGCAGAAAUCUAUGAAAACCAAAGAAAAAAAGGGAAUGCUAUGAAGACUACACCUGGAGUAGUUGCUGAAGUCAAAACUAAAAUGUGUUAAGGUGAAGCCUGUCUCGUUUGUUGUGCUUGCCAAAUAGCAUUGUUAUGUUCAGUUUAACUGAACCAUAUUCUCCACAAGAUUAUUCCUUGUUAUCAAGAAUACUUCUCCCUAAAGCAUCAAAAAGGAAAUUUCAGUCGGUAAUUGUACAGUGACGGCAAAGGCUUGUACCAAAAACUGUAAUGUGCUUGAAGAGUUGCUGUUUUGUUUAUUAAAUGUACAUGUACUACUGUUUUAAAGUUCUCAUUUCUGUUGCUAUUGUGGUUGCAUAAGCUCGUUAAUGGGACAAAUUGCCAGACUGAGACUGUGUGUGGCAUAUUCUCAACAGUGCUAUGAAUACUAUAAGUGACUUUUACUAUGUUAAAUUAUUGUAAAAAAGAAAAUGGCAAUAAACAGGUGGGAAUUUGGAAGUGAUGGUUUUGAAGUGAAGUUUCGAAUUGAUAGGUACAAGUUGUAACUACUUUUGCAUGUAGUUUUCUCAUCUCAUGUUGUUUUUUUAAAGCGUGUAGUUUUAUUUUCAUUUGAGAAGAUUAAUGAUGACUGAAAUUCUUUACAGACCUAAAUCGAAAGAAGAUUUGUUGUAUCAAGUUCCAGAAAACAUCAAUGUAAGGUCAAAGAUAAUGACUUCAGAAGAGAUGCUGUCCAAUCAGAUGCUAUCUGGAAUCCCUGAAGUGGAUCUUGGCAUUGAAGCCAAAAUACUAAACAUUGAGGCCACUGAAGAAGCCAAGCAGAGAGUGUUAGAGGAACAGCGGAAUAAGAAAUCAAGAGGUCCUACUGAAAUGGUGCCUACUAACAUGGCUGUGAAUUUUAUGUUACACAGUAGAUGUAAGUUUCCUUUUGUAAUGGAAUCUCACUGUAUAGUUCAAUGUAUAAAAGUGAAAUAUUGGUGGGUGUUUAUUCAUGUGAUUGGAAGAUUUAGUAAAGACAAUGCAAUGUCAAUAGUGAAAGCACCCUAAAUGGUCUGAACCUGAUUUCUAUUGCUUGACUUGGUGUUCCACCAUUGGUCAGUUUUAAGAUUUGCAUGCACCAUCCUUGUCUCUGUAAGAGAGGUCUAUUUCUGGAUUAAUGAUCAGAUGGCAUAGCUCUUACAAGGCAUUGCAAUAUUGGUUGGAAAUUAAUAAACUAACAAAGUUUACAAAUGGAAACUACACUGUAGCCCUAAGACAGAAGAGCUUUGACGUGGAAAGGUCCAAUGCAAUGAGAUUUUAAACUAAUGGCGAGUUGUGGCACUACUACAAUAACUAUUAAAUUAAAUGUACAUUGUAUCAACCCUUACUAACAGAAUAAACCUUAACUGGUUUUCAGUUUUUGAUGAGCAAAAAGUCAUUGAUGCUGAAAGUAAAAGAGCUGCAGCAGCAAAAGACAAGGCACAGGAACAAGAGAAAGCAAUCAACAAAGCAACGGUGAAGGCAAAUGAUUCUGCUACAGUGCCAAGUAGAUCAGAACCUAUACCAAGCAAGAAAAGAACUGGUGAUAAGGCUGAAAAGGCAACUGAUGACUUCUUUUAUGAGAAAUUUAGGAAACGUGCUCGAGAUUCAUGGAGAUAUCAGUAA